AUGCCGUCGGCGAUGUGGGGCGCCGCUCUGCUCCAAUCUGUCCGCGGCGCGUCUAAUCCAUCAAGCAGCCUGUUCUUGGCUAGCUUGUUUAUGUACAGCGUGUACAUGCUCGCCAGCGCCGCGUGCUGCUGCCGCUGCUUGUGCUCGCCGGAGUUGAGAGGGGAGCGGCGCCACGGCCCAUGGAGAAGAAGCAGAGGAGCAGCCACGUGGUCUUCGGGGCGAGAACAACGGCUCUUCCAUCAUCAUGUUGUGGGCGACGAGGCAGUGGAGGUAUGCGCGACUACGGCCACCGGAUCCACUAGAAACACGUCGGCGCGGUUGAUGGGCGCGUUUCAGUUGCUGGAGCACCGCACCAGCGUGUGCCCCCGCCGGCGCGUGUUCUGGUGUCCGCCCAGCACCUGCGUGGUCAUGACUCGCGGUUGUGAGCCGGCGGUCAUGGUGCAGAUCAACCAAGGGAGAGGCAGAGCGGGGCUUGGCCGCCGUCUCCUGGCGUUGUUGCCGGCGAGAGGACAGUCAACGAAUGGAACUGUUUUUACACGCGCCGUGUCGCCUGCGCAGCCGAGCUCGCCGCAGCCGGCAGCCCGAGCUCCAUGCCAUGGACAUGGGCAGGGCAGAAGAGAGGAUGCCAACGGGCGGGGUGGGAGAGAGGGCGCUACUCAGCGCAGAGGCGACGUUGGUGAGAGGGGCAUUCAUGUUCCACCCCCAACAGCGGCAUCGCACACCGACGGUUCCUCCGAACGCAGCCGCCAGCCGCCGACAUCUGGCCGCUCGCCAUUCCUUCUACAAAGGAAACGGGCGGCGCAGCCUGGAGUCCUGGACCGGCGCGAAGCCAUUAAGCCAACGGUGACUUGCCGACGUGCUGCUCCACUGCGCCGGUGUCUGCACGCCAACUGUUCGACGAAUUUACUCAUCCGCAUUCGGAGUGUCUUGCUGAAUUUGCGAGCCUUGUUUUGCAGGGUCUGCGGACAGUGGACCAACGGCAUAUCUUCUAGAAAGAGGAAAUUGCUUUGUUUUGUGACAAAGCGUACUUUUCUUGAAGCAACUUCUGGAAACAGAAGAUCCACGGGCAUUCUUCUUCCCAUUUUGAUAGCUGGACACGCCAAUUCGUUUUUCAGUAUUUUGCUUGUAUUUUUCUUUAAACUAGUUGCAACAAUGGCGGCUGUGGGUAGUUGGUUUGGUGCUGCUAUUGGCACGGUCAUAAGUCCAUUCAGAGAUAUUUUCUUCAGACAUGCAAUGUAUUGCUUCAACCCUGGCAAAUACGUGCGAGAUCAUGAUAGGGAUACUCAGACUUUGAUUGGCAGACGAAGUGGUGUCCAAGGCGAGAUCCGAACUGGCACCCCGAAUGGCUUGGUAGCAACAGAUGAUGCAGAUUCUUGGGUGAAAAGGGCAAAUCAAGCUAUAUCUGAAGAAAGGAGAAACCAUCAACAUUAUGAUGACAGACGCAUAAUUUCUAAAUGUUGCUCCCUAAAUUGCUGCGCCAACUACAAAAUUGCUAAGAGAGCAGUUGAGGCGCGACGUGAAGUGCGCGCAUGUCUUGACAGUAUACCCAGUAAUUCUACAGUCAGACCACCGCCACCUUCUGUCAUAGAUAUCCCCAUCCAUUCCGCUCAACUGGCAAGUCAAGACAGUAUUCUCCAGACUGCUUGCGAGAGCAUCAAUAAUCAAGUUGGAAUGAUUGGAAUAUGGGGUCCAGAUGGAGUUGGGAACACACAUCUCCUGAACAAGAUCAACAACUCCUUUGUUGGACCUAACCCUCCAUAUUUUGUUAUCUUUGUUACGGCCUCCAGAGAAUCCUUGGUACGAAAUAUUCAAGCUCAAAUCAUACAACGUCUCGAAAUAAGAAAGGAUGAUGUUGUGCCAAAUCCAGCCACCAACAUAUCAGAACAACUCAGGACAAGAGACUUUCUCCUGUUGGUGGAUGGCCUUUAUGAGAACCUAGACCUUCUAGAAGUUGGCAUUCCACAUCCUCUUGGAAUAAUUGAGGGCCAAUUCAAGAGGAAAGUGGUAAUCACAUCACAAUCAAAAACUGUAUGUGACCGAAUGUUUGUGAAUGAAUAUAUAGAGAUGCCUGGUUUGGGUGAGACUGAAUCCUUCGAGCUAUUUGCACAAACUUUUGGUCAGGAAGAUAUUGAUUCUGAUCCCCACAUCAGGGCCAUAGCUCAUGAUCUCGUAAAGGAACUAAAAGGUGUGCCGUCAGACUUAAUACAUUUUGGGAAACAAAUGGUAGGUAAAAGCGAUCCAGGGGAGUGGGAAGAUGUCAUUUGUACAGUAAGGAAGUUGAACCUUCAAAAGAAAGACCCAACUUUGGGUGGAAGGACUUUGAAAAAUCUCAAGGAUGCCACCAACAACUUGGUUGCGAGGAGCAAAGAUGUCCAUAAUAAGAUUAAGGCUUCCGAGCGGGAGGGCAUGACAUCCACGAAUGAGGUGAACAAAUGGCUGGAACAAGUGGAUACCAUCAAUUAUGAUGUGGAGGUAAUCUUUGCGCGCAACAAGUUGAAAAAGGAUGUUACUAUGGAAGCAAUCAAGACGGUUCCUCAGGUCCAAGAAUGUCUCAGGGCUUGUCCCAAUAAUAUUGCAUUUGUGUCAGUGCCACCUCCUGCCCAAGAGAUACCGGGCCCCUGUAUGUCUUCCCAGAACCGUAACCUUAAAGAGGCUCUCCAGUUCAUUAAGGAUGACCCUGUGGGAAUGAUUGGAAUAUGGGGUCCAGGUGGAGUUGGGAAAACAUAUCUUCUGAACAGUAUCAAUAACUCAAUUGCUGUUGCUGGAGGCAUUUCAUUUGAUGUUAUCUUUGUGAGGGCCUCUAGGGGGUGUUCAGUGGAGAAGAUCCAAGGAGAUUUCCUAAUGAAGCUCGGAAUGAAAGCAGAUGGUAAUGUGGAAUCUCAAAGCCAAAAGAUUUUUAAUUUCCUGAAAAACAGGAGCUUUCUUAUACUGUUGGAUGACCUUUGGGAGCAAAUUGAUCUGCAAGCAGUUGGCAUUCCUUAUCCUCUUGGAAUUCUGGGCCAAUUCAAGAGGAAAGUGAUAAUCACGUCACGAUCAGAAAACGUAUGUCAUCUGAUGGAUGUGAAGGUGCCUAUAGAAGUGCCUCGCUUGGAAGAUGGUGAAGCACUCCAGCUAUUUAAACAAACGGUUGGUCAGGAAAAUCUGAAUGAGGAUCCGCACAUCGGGGCCCUUGUGAUAGAUCUUGUCAAAGAACUACAAGGUCUGCCAUCAGAAUUGAUACAUUUUGGGAAGGUAUUGCGAAGAAAAAGAGAUCCAAUGCAGUGGGAAAAUGUCAUUCAGGCAGUAAAGAAAUCAAACCUUUGUAAGGAUGACCCAUUGUCUGUGACAGGAAAGAUUGUGAAAGAUCUUAAGGAUGCCAACAAAAGCUUGCUUGCAAGGAGCAAUGACAUCCGCCGUAGGAUUGAGACUGACGAGCGAGAGGGCAGGACAUCCACGAUUGAGGUGGAUGGAUGGCUGGAAAAAGUUGCUAUUAUCAAUUCUGGUGCACAGGUAAUCUUCAAUGGCUAUGAGUUGAAUAAGGAUAUCAGAAUGGAGGCAACUGAGAAGCUUUCUGAGAUCCAAGAAUGUCUCAGGGCUUGUCCCGAUAAUAAUAAUAUUGCACUUGAGUCUGUGCCGGCACCUACCCAAGAGAUACCCGGUCCAUCAAUGUCUGCUGAGAACUGUAAUCUUCAAAAGGCUCUCCUAUUCAUUAAUGAUGACCCUGUGGGAAUGAUUGGAAUAUGGGGUCCAGGUGGAGUGGGGAAAACAUAUCUUUUGAAAAAUAUCAAUAACUCAUUUGGAGGCAUGUCCUUGCAUGUUAUCUUUGUGACAGCCUCCAAGGGGUGUUCAGUGCAAACCAUCCAAGAGGAGAUUCUAAAGAAGCUCAGAAUGCCAGAAGGAGCUAAUGUGGAAUCUCAAUGCCAAAUCAUUUACGAAUUCCUGAAAAAUAGAAGCUUUCUUCUUUUGUUGGAUGACCUUUGGGAGCAAAUUGAUUUGCAAGCAGUUGGCAUACCAUAUCCCCUUGGAAUUGUAAACCAACUCAAAAGAAAAGUGGUUCUUACAACAAGAUUAAGAAAAGUUUGUGGUCAAAUGGAGGUAAGGGAAGAGUUAAUAGUCACUUGUCUGCAGGAGGAGGAUGCAUGGCAGUUAUUUAAAGAGAAGGUCAGUCAGGAAACUCUUUCUUCAAGUCCUCGUAUUGAAACCCUUGCAAAAGAACUUGUGAAAGAGCUGAAGGGUUUGCCAUUAGCUUUGAUAGUUAUUGGAAAGGCAAUGUAUCCAAAAACUGAUCCGAUUGAAUGGGAAUAUGCUAUCGAGCAUAUGCAACGAUCAUGUUGUGACGAGGAUAAUCCCCUGUCUAUAGAAAAUAUUUUCGGACAACUCAAGUUUAGUUACGAUAAUUUAUGGAGUGACACAUUGAGACAUUGUUUCUUGACUUGUGCACUGUGGCCAGAGGAUUGGGAGAUUAUCAAAGCUGACCUUGCACAAUGCUGGAUGGGCUUAGGUCUAUUGGAUGAGUGUGAUAUUCGAAGGUCCUACUCACAAGCAUAUAGUCUAAUCGGCGACCUUAGAGAUGCAUGUUUAUUAGAGAACCGGGGAAAUUGGUAUGGUUCUGUUAAAGUGCAUGACGUGAUUCGUGAUAUGGCUUUGUGGAUCUCUUGUGGCUGUUGUGAGAAUAACAACAAUUGGUUUGUCCGUGCAAAAGUUGCCACAGAAGAAAGAUUUAGCAUCCCUUGGGGCAAAGCUGAGUACAUCUCGUUGAUGUUGAAUGGAAUGAGUAAACUUCCUUCCUUUGGCAAUGAUCAUGGCCCUAUGAAACUGAUGACAUUAUGCCUUCAAAAUAAUUAUUUUGAUGGAAGCAUAGUUGAAACAAUCAAGAAUUUCGCUUCACUGACAUAUUUGGAUUUGAGGACGAACCUUCUCAAGGACAUACCUGAAGAAUUAUGCUCCUUAGUGAACUUGGAGUACCUUGAUUUGUCACAUAAUCCUGACAUAUACCAAUUGCCGGACUGCUUUGGAAAGCUCAUUAAGCUCAAGUUCUUGUACUUGCAGUGCACGGACAUACGAAUAAUACCAAAGAAGGUGAUAUCUAACCUUAAAGCUUUGCAAGUGAUAGACAUGAGGACUUGGCGGGCAUAUCGUGGAGGAGGCUCUAUCAACUAUAACCCUGCAAUAUUCCAAGAGUUGGGCACCCUUGAUCAGUUGAAAGCAGCUGGUAUUGAGGCCGAUGGUUUCACAGAGUAUGAAUCACUAAGAGAUGUCGCAGCUAAUCUCCCCAUUCGAUCUUUAAUUAUGGGGAGUCUCAAAGAAACACACCCCUUAUGCCUCUCUGAUAUUCUUUCAGCCGACUUUGCACGACGAACCUUGUUUGAACUGGAAAUUAUAUGGAGCAAGAUGGAGCAAAUAACAGGAAGACAAGAACCAAACUACUGUUUUGGUACUCUGAAUAAGCUCUUCCUGUGGUUUUUGGUGAACUUGAAAGAGAUCACAUGGGUGGGAAGGUCUCCAGCGUCUGUGUUUCCAAGGCUCACUUGUGUGAAUGUGAAUAGCUGCUCAAAGCUAGAGCACCUCUCUUGGACGAUGUACCUGCCCUGCCUUGAGCAGUUGGAGGCACGUUUCUGCGACAACAUGAAGGAAGCAUUUCGGAGGACCGUGCAUCACGGUGAAAUAACGAGCACAGGUCAAGAGAGUUCAAGUGCAUCUAAAGGUACAUUUCCUUGCCUGAAACAGCUGCGCCUUUCGGACAACCCAAAGCUGAUCACCAUCUGUGAUCCCGACGUGACGUUCCCGUCCCUGGAGCAGCUGGUGCUCACAAAGUCUCCAGAGUUGAUCAGACUCCCUUUCCAGAUACACAGCUUGCCGCUAAAGCUGCAGGAGCUACAGUUUGAUGAUGUCGAAUGCUGGGACAGGUUGGAAUGUGAAGAAGGUGUCAAAUCUUUCCUACAACAUUGUCUUAAAUUUGGCUAUGUGAGUGAAAUAUCAUGAUCAGUCCCUCCAUUCCACACUGCCAUGCUUUCUCUCUUGGCGCACGCAUGGUAGCUGCAAGGUGCUCAGCAUCAUAAUUUCCAACAGAGUUAUGCAGGGGUAUGCAAUUGUGACGGAAUCUCGUCUGAGGUCAUGCAGGGGAGGUUGCCCCCUUUCUCAUUUCAGCUGGUGGUGCUUGAAGGAAGCUGUGUGGGGAGGAGAGGAAUCAGUGAAUCACCCCUCGCUUUCCAGACACACAGCUUGCCGUGAAAGUUGCAGGAGUUAAGAGUUACGGCUGGAUAAUGUUGAGCGUUGGGUCAGGUUGGAAUGUUUUGAAGGUUAAAGUCAAAUCUUUCUUGUAACCCUGUCUUAAAUUUGGCUAUGAGAUUGCAAUGCCAUGAUCAGUACCUACAAGGUGGUCGAUAUCGUCAUUUCCAACAAAAUGGCAGUAUGUAUAACAGGAAGGACAGUCAACUGUCAAAUUGUCUUGUCCGAAACCGUGCAGAGGAGGCUGUCUGAAGCCAAUGAUGCAACAGCAAGGACUAGCUAUAGAUUCCAAACAUCGAAAGCUCAACUCUUCUGAAGCCAACGAUGCAGCGACGAGGACUAGAAUUCUUCUAAACCUCAAAAGCUCUAUCUGAAGCCAACAUUGUAGCAACAAUGACUGGAACUAUGAAGCUUGUUGUAAACUUGAUUGAUACAGAAGCUGAGAGGAGACAUGCUUUUUAUCUUUGUGUAGAUCAACUAGAGAUGCUUCCAUUCAUCCUCCUGACCGCGGUCGGAUGGCGCGCGCUUUGUGCACAGUAUUCUUUUUUCUGUUUAUAUGAACAUAUGUAGGACCUGAUGGCCGGUCCGAUAUCUAAAAACCUCGUCAGAGAGCGGUGUUAUGUUUU